UUUCAGAAGUGAUAACGUUGUUAAUAUCUUCAUGAUCAUCCACUUCGAUCAUCGCAUAUUCGCAUCAUACUACUAUUUUGUCUGAACAAACAAAAAGCCUUUGGAUCCUACUCCAUUCACCUUUUCUUUCUUGAUUAUCUUAAUCAAGAGAAGCAAAACUCUUUAGAUCUACAAUUGGAUGAUCAACAAUUAAGAGGUCUUUCAUUAAAUGAGAGUAAUAUUAAUAAUUGAUUAUGAAGAUUGUUGUUGUCUCAGGUAAUUGUAUUUUAACUUUUGCGAUUUGUCUUUUACAUUAGUAUGUUUGAUUUGAGUAGAAUUUUAAGUUAAUUUGGUUUUAUACAGUUUGUUUCUGCGUUUGUCUUUGUUCUUAUUCUGUUGUAGAAUUUGUUCUUUAUCUGAACUAAUUAUUUUUAGGGGUGUUUAUCUGUCAUUAAUUACUUAUGUCCUUUGUAAAGAAAAGUUAAUACUUUGUAUCGGAAGGCAUAGUUGAGAUAUAUGGUCAUGUACUCAGGUCAUACCGUCAGACCACUAAAAAUGGGUUUAGUCAGGGUCAGCCCAAAUGAUAUUUCUUGCAGUCAGCCCAAAGAAGAUAAGUUUUGAGUUUGAAUAGAGGAAUUUGGUUUUUGCGGUAACAAUUUCGUGGACAUUUUCAGUAACUUGGUCAAUUGCUUGAGCAAAAUAGGGGAAACAAAGAACAAAAACAUCAAAUAUGAAAAACAUCAAAUAUGAAAGACCUGUCACCAUUCUGCCGGUCAUUGUUACACAAGAGCUAUGUAUAAGUCGUAUUACUUAACAGUUAAUACUGAUGAAUAGAAUGACUUGUAGAGGCACAUUGAUUAAGGAAUCAACAUAAAAUGUUUAGUAAUUGUAAAAAAUUCGUAAUCAUUGACUAUUUUCCUUGUGAUCUAUACUAUAUAUUAAAAGGCGUCUAAAAUAAAGUAUACGUGACACGUGGCACUAUGCUUAUAGGUCGUUCGCUCCAUGUAAUCUUCAUAUACAUUAAAAAAAUGUCAAACAUGGUUUGCAUAAGGUUUGAACCUCUGACCUUGAGUUUAAACAAUGAAACUUUUGCCACUAAGCUAUUACAUGUUUCGCGUUAUCAUUACCAAAAAAAAUAUAAGUAAAUUUAAAUGUUACUAAUUAAUGUAGUAACCCGGGUAUCGCCCGGGCCCAAAAACUAGUUAUCUCUAUUAUAUAAAGGAACAGCUGAGGGCAUAAGAGUAAAAUAACUUUUCGUGUCCCCCUGUAAAUUGACGAAAUUACCCCCUAAUUAAACCCAGCCCCCAGCCUCACUCUCACAUGCACAUAGCUCUCUUUCUCUCUCCUAGGUCUUCGGCGUCCCUGACCCUUCCUGCUCCCUCCCGUUUUCUCUCUCUUUCCUCUUCAUCUUCUUUGAUCUUCUUCCUCUAAUCCUCUUCCACCAAACCCCAUCCCAUUCUAAACUCUAAAUAUUUCGGCUCUCUUUCACUGCACACACACACGCUCUUUCUCCUCCGCCUCUCGCCGUCACCAUCACCAUUACCAUCACCGCCUGAUCUUCUAGAGAUUCAGGUGAGAUUUUAACAACUUUGUAUAAAUUUUCAUUUUUUUCCAAUUGUUCUGGAGAUUUUGUUUAUUUGAUGUGUUUUUUUUUCCGAUUUUUAUUGUUUUUUCCAAUUGUUUAGAGAGAUAUUUUUAUUCUGGAGUCCUAGCCAUUCCGAUUUUUAAAAUAUUGUGGGAUUGAAUAGAGAGAUUUAGAGAUAUUUGUUUUUCUAAAAAAUACAUUUUUCGGGUUUAAUUUUAUCGGGAAAGUUUAGAAAUUUGUUGUAAUGUCGACGAAAAUGGGUACGGCGAAGGAUUUAGCGGAGAAAAUGAGGUUGAUGGGUGCACCAGGUGGACAUUAUUGAGCCAAAAAAAUCGAAUGUUUGUGCAAAAGAUUGUUAUUGCCAGGUAAAGAGGCCGAUCUUCGCCGUCAGGUUUUUUGCGUAACUUUAUCUCUUUGUCUCUUGAUUUUCAUGGUAGAAUUGUUGAAAUUUACUGUAAAACAAUGUUUUUUUAUGUUGUAAUAGUGAUAUUUAGGGUUUAAUUGGUGUUGUUUGUUGGUAGAAAUAUCCUCAUUUUUUUGUGUUGAACGUGGAAUUUUCGUAUUUUUAGUAAAAAGCAGUGUGAUUAUUUUCAGUUAUUAUGAUUUAUGGGAAUGAAUAAGUAGGGGUUAGUUUAUGUGGUUCAAUGAUGUGUUUCUCUAUUUUUUUCGUUUGAUUACAUAAAAUUUUGUAUUUGUUGCAUAGAAAUGUGAUUUUUUAUAGUAACAGUGAUGAUUUGUAAUAUUAUGAAUUAUUUGGGUUAAUUUUUGGUGAUUAAUUGUUUGAUUGGUUAUAUGUGGAAGUAAUUGUUAUAGUAAUAUUGAUAGUUUGUAAUAUUAAGAUUUUUUCGGUUAAUUUUGGUGAUUAAUUGUUUUGAUUGGUUAUGUACGAAAGAAUUAUGUUUGGUACUGUGAUUAUUGUAUUUAUUUAUUUUUUGGUUGUGAAACAGUGAUUAUUACAAAGGCUUCAACUUUGAUUCAAAAUUGAAAUGUGAAGUUCUAUUUUCUUAGGUAAAUAAUCAUACAAUUGGAUAAUUAGGGAUGUAGGAUAUGGAAAUGAUAGGUUUUUUGCGAGAAAUUAUUAGGAAUAUGCAAAUAAUGAAGUAUGAUCUUGGUACAAGAAUACUGCUAGGAAUGUAAGGUUUAUUAUUUCUAGAUCGAGUCUUUUUGUUCAAGUAUGAUUCUGUUUAAUGCGUUGUUUGAAUUUUUGUAGAAAUCUUUGAAUUUAAUUCUAUUGAUUCAUUCGUUUGGCUCAUUUGAAUGAUGCUGGUCUAUUCAUUCGUUUGGCUCAUUCGAAUUUCAUGCUGAUCUAUAUGCUUUCCACAUCAUUAUUGUCUCAAGUCCAUCAUUAUUGCUUUGAUGGUGCUGAUCUAUUCAUUCGUUUGGCUCAUUCAGAACUAGGUGAACACUGAAACGACCUCCCUCCUGUAUUUAUAAUUUCACCAUAUGUAUGCUUACCAUAUCACUGUUGUCUCAAGUCCAUAUUACAUCACUAUUUUCUAAUUACAAAAUUAUUUGUGACAACAUCAUGUCUAUCGUAGAACUAGUCACAUAUGUAUGACAGAGCAGUGAGUGUUGUACACAUGCCUCAUUUAUAUACUCCUUGCUAUAUUUAUCCAAGAGGGAUUCAUUUAAUGAUUAAUUAUAAGCCAGUUAUUCAUAAGGGCUUGAGACAUUAUUGAGCAACUCAUUGACCCGGUAUUCUUUCUACAUGUUGUGAAUUUUUACUUCGAUGCUAUGAAUUAGUACUUCCAUGCUCGAAGUUAGUGUAAUAUUUUUCUUUCAUUCUUGAAUUGAGGAAUAACUUAGUAAUAUUUUUCUUCCAUUCUUAAAUUGAGGAUUAACUGAUUUGGAUUCUAUAUGCAGCACCAAGAGUCACAAGUUGGUAAUGGCAAUAAGUACAUAUCUUUUGAGUAUAAAGUGGGUUCUGAUUCCAUGAGAAAUGCUUCUUCCUCGGAUCACAAAAGUCAUUAAGUGGAUUUUUGAUUCAUAUCUCUAAUGAUUAAUAGCAACUUUACCCAUAUAUAGGAUUAUUUUACGCCUUAACAACAGAGUGUGGAAAUAGACCCUUAUCUUUCAAGUGCUCAAAAGAAAAAAAAGCAGGAUGUUUAAUUUAAAGAUAAGAAAUAAUGAAGUUAAUUAAUUUGAGUAGAAUUAUUUGAUAGUCAGCUUAUCUCAAGAAAGUGAAAACCUGGUUAUUAGUUUUUCUUAUUUGUUGUUCCGCUAUGUUUUCUUGGAUUUAAGUUCCAGCAUUGUAACAUUGUCUUUUGGGAUUUUCAUUUGAAGCAUUUGUGGCUAUUUGUCUGGUGUUGGGUAUUAUUGUUACUGAUUGCGAAAAUUUAAAAGACCUCUGUUGCAUUCUUGAUUUUGGAUUUUUACUGCAUUUUCGAUUUGGAUUUAUGAAUAUAGUAAUAAAGCAAUGGUAUAAACAGGAUGUAUACAAAGGUACGGAGGAAGAAGGAAGGAGGAAAAUGGAAGAAAUAAGGGUUGAAAAUCUUAGGGAGAAAGGCUAUGAUGCUCAAGAUGAAGCCUUUGAGAGAGCCAAAGCUGACAGCGAGGCAGCCGCAUUGAGGGGAGAUGAAGCAAAGAACAGUAUAUUGGGGGAAAUAGGUUGUUUAACAGAUGCUAUGAAAAGCAAGCUUUCAAUGCCGAGUGAAAUAGCAGACGAGAAGAGAAGGAACCAGAAGAAGGGCGGUGAAGAAAAGAUAGUGGCGGUGAUUAUGGAGGAGUCGAGUCCUGGUGCCGCACCAGAUCUUCUGAAGGUUGCUGACCAGAUAACCGGGAAGGGUUAUACGAUGUUGGAAAGAUGGGGGAGGAAGGGACGACUUCCCUACGAGGCGCCGUUAAUUAAUUAGCUAGCAGCCUAAUUAGCUAGCAGUCUAGAAGUUUCCUGGUGGAUAUGACAAACUUACUAGAUGGAUUUGACCAUGGGUGUUUUUGUAGGCAGGUGUGUUGGUUGUUUCUAUGUCAUAUCAUCUUUUGCUAAACUUUGGCUUUUGAGACUGAUGUUGCUAAACUUUAGCUUUUGAGACCGAUGUUGCUAAACUUUAGCUUUUGAGACUGAUGUUGCAAGUUUGGUCAUUCUGCUUCGUAUGGUUUCCGGGGGUAAUCUAUUAGGAGUAUGUAUUUACUCAUUUCGACCUGUAGUGUACUUUUGUGUUACAUUGUUUGUGAGGAUGCUCUAACCGUACCCCAUAGAAUAAGUACAGUAUGUAGUUUGAUUAGUUUCCUU